GAAUCUUUCUGACAUUGAUCAAGAUGGGAAGCUGACAGCUGAGGAGUUUAUCCUGGCUAUGCACCUCAUUGAUGUAGCUAUGUCUGGUCAGCCACUGCCACCUGCACUGCCUCCAGAGUACAUCCCACCCUCGUUCAGAAGAGUCCGCUCUGGCAGUGGGAUUUCUGCUGCCAGUUCAGUGUCUGUAGACCAAAGGUUGCCAGAAGAACCAGCAUUGGAAGAAGAGCAGCAGCAACUGGAAAAGAAAUUACCAGUGACCUUCGAAGACAAGAAGCGGGAGAACUUUGAGCGGGGCAAUCUGGAGCUGGAGAAGCGCAGGCAGGCACUCCUGGAGCAGCAGCGCAAGGAGCAGGAGCGCCUGGCCCAGCUGGAGAGGGCCGAGCAGGAGAGGAAGGAGCGCGAGAGGCAGGAGCAGGAGCGCAAGCGGCAGCUGGAGCUGGAGAAACAACUGGAGAAACAGCGGGAGCUGGAGCGGCAGCGCGAGGAGGAAAGGAGGAAAGAGAUCGAGAGGAGAGAGGCUGCCAAACGGGAGCUGGAGAGGCAGCGGCAGCUGGAGUGGGAGCGCAACCGGCGGCAGGAGCUGCUGAACCAGAGGAACAAGGAGCAGGAGGACAUUGUGGUGCUGAAGGCAAAGAAGAAAACCUUGGAAUUCGAGCUGGAAGCUCUCAACGAUAAAAGAAACCAGUUGGAGGGGAAGCUGCAGGACAUCAGGUGUCGGCUGUCGACCCAAAGACAAGAAAUUGAAAGUACAAAUAAAUCCCGAGAACUCAGAAUUGCAGAAAUCACCCAUUUGCAGCAGCAGCUACAGGAGUCUCAGCAGAUGCUGGGCAGGUUGAUCCCUGAGAAGCAGCUGCUCAAUGAUCAGCUCAAGCAGGUCCAGCAGAACAGUUUGCACAGGGAUUCCCUUCUCACCAUCAAAAGAGCCUUGGAAGCCAAGGAACUGGCACGGCAGCAGCUCCGGGAYCAGCUGGAUGAGGUGGAGAAAGAAACCCGAUCGAAACUGCAGGAAAUUGAUAUUUUCAAUAAUCAGCUGAAGGAGCUGAGAGAAAUCCAUAACAAACAGCAGCUGCAGAAGCAGAAGAGCUUGGAAGCCGAGAGGUUGAAACAGAAGGAGCAAGAGAGGAAGACAGUGGAGCUGGAAAAGCAAAAAGAAGCUCAGAGGCGGAUCCAGGAACGGGACAAACCACGGCUGGAUCGGGGACAGCAGGACGAGGAACCGCAGUGGCAAAAAAAAAUCCAGGAAGAUGACAAGCAAAAAAGGGAAGAAGUGCCCAAGAAGAAGGAGGGCGAGGAGAAGGGCAAACAGGAGAUGCAGGAGAAGCUCAGUAAAAUCUUCCAGCCCCACCAGGAGCCCCACAAGCCCGGCCAGGCUCCGUGGUCCAAUGCAGAAAAAGCUCCUCUAACCAUUUCUGCUCAGGAGGAUGUAAAAAUAGUGUAUUAUAGAGCUCUGUAUCCUUUUGAAUCCAGAAGCCACGAUGAGAUCACCAUCCAGCCUGGAGACAUCGUCAUGGUGGAYGAAAGCCAGACUGGAGAGCCAGGGUGGCUUGGUGGAGAGCUGAAAGGGAAAACUGGAUGGUUCCCUGCAAACUACGCCGAGAAAAUUCCCGACAGUGAAGUUCCAGCCUCUGCCAAGCCAGCAGCCGAGCCCUCUGCUGCUCCCAAAGUGUCCGUGCAGGAAACCUCCGCCCCCCUGGGAGCCCCUGCCCCUCCAGAGGGCCCUGCACCCACCAACAACUGGGCAGACUUCAGCUCCACUUGGCCAACAAACAGCAGUGAGAAACCAGAGAGCGAUAACUGGGAUGCCUGGGCAGCUCAGCCAUCCCUGACUGUGCCCAGCGCGGGGCAGCUCCGGCAGCGYUCGGCCUUCACUCCUGCCACUGUCACAGGCUCAUCUCCCUCCCCCGUCCUGGGCCAGGGUGAAAAAGURGAAGGGCUUCAAGCCCAGGCUCUGUAUCCUUGGAGAGCAAAGAAAGACAACCACCUGAACUUCAACAAGAACGAUGUCAUCACGGUGCUGGAGCAGCAGGACAUGUGGUGGUUUGGGGAGGUGCAGGGCCAGAAGGGCUGGUUUCCCAAAUCCUACGUGAAGCUCAUUUCAGGCCCCAUUAGGAAGUCCACAAGCAUGGAUUCUGGUUCCUCAGAAAGUCCUGCUAGUCUGAAAAGAGUAGCAUCCCCAGCAGCCAAGGCAACGAUGUCAGGGGAAGAGUACAUUGCCAUGUACACCUACGAGAGCUCGGAGCAGGGGGACCUCACUUUCCAACAAGGUGACCUGAUCCUGGUGACAAAGAAAGAUGGUGACUGGUGGACGGGCACGCUGGGUGAUAAAUCAGGAGUUUUCCCAUCUAAUUAUGUGAGACUCAAAGAUUCUGAGGCUCCAGGAGCAGCUGGAAAAACGGGAAGUUUAGGGAAGAAACCUGGUGAGUCAAACAUUGUGACAGCACCUUCUCUCUGUUCUGAAGUGUUUAAUUCAAUGGCAAGAAAACCUUUUCCUUGAAAAUAAAUUAUUUUUGGUCUUGGUCACCUUGGAGUAGUUUGCACUGAUGAAAACUGUUAUAAAAUAACUGGAAUAAAUGUUAAUAAAUAACUG